AUGGUUGUGCUCAAGAAGAAGGAAGAUGCUUCAAGGUCGUCCUCAUCUCCUUCUUCGUUCAUCUUCAUAUUCUGUUCAUGCUGCUCCAUCCUCAACGGCGUCGUUUCGGACCCACAGACCAAUCUUCUUAAGAGCGAGUGUAAUCCGUCCUUCGUCUACCUCGUGUCCAGCAUCUCCAUCUUCGACAGAAACCUAAACGCGACGUUGAGAGAUAUCAGAGGGCAGAUCAGUGAACAGAACAAGCACUUCGCCACCGCACAUGAAGGUAACGGAGGAAACCCAGUUUCCACUCUUCUCCAAUGCAGAAACUACCUCUCCAUCGCCGACUGUCUUGAUUGCUUCGACGUCGCCGCCGCUCGAAUACUCAGCUGCACCGCCGGAGCCUCGGGUGCCCAUGUUGUCUACGACGGCUGCUUCCUCAGGUUCGACAUUAGCGGUGCUUUCCUUGAUGAGACAACACAAACUUUCAACACAGCAUAUUGUGGUAAUCAGACUGAAGAUGACGAUGGAGCCACAAGACUCACAUCAGUUGCACAACAAUUGCUGAUGAAUCUUCAAACUGUAACACCAAAUAUCAGAGGAUCUUCUGCAGCCAUGAAGAUGACAGUGUCUAACGUUGGUCCAACUAUUUAUGCCUUUGCCCAAUAUGGUAGGGCUUUUGCCGAUGGGUGUUUCAUGAGAUACUCCACAACUUCCUUUUUUCCUGAUAACCAGACUAUUGAUAUCGUACCUGCCUUCAAACAAGGUUCAAGUAACAAGGGGGCCAUUGCUGCUGGAGUUGUUUCAGGUGCUGCUCUUGCUUUGCUCCUCGUUGCAUUAUUUGCUUGGAUGAGACGAACUAAAAGCCCAAAGAGGGUUCCUAGAGGAGAGAUACCUGGAGCGAGUAAGUUGAAAGGCUCAAUAACUUUUAGUUAUAAGGAUUUAAAGUCUGCAACUAAGAAUUUUAGUGACGAAAAUAAAAUAGGAGAAGGUGGAUUUGGUGUUGUAUACAAGGGCAUUUUGGGGAAUGGGAAAGUAGUUGCAGUAAAGAAAUUAGCUUUACGAGCCUCCAAUAGGAUCGAUGAAGAUUUUGAGAGUGAAGUGAUGCUGAUAAGUAAUGUUCAUCAUCGAAAUCUUGUUCGACUUUUGGGAUCUUGUAGCAAAGGUCACGAUAGAAUCCUUGUUUACGAAUACAUGAAAAACAACAGUCUUGACAGAUUCUUAUUUGAGGAUACACUGCACCAGAGUAUGCAAUUCAUGGACAACUAUCCGAAAAGGCUGAUAUUUAUAGUUAUGGUAUUGUUGUCUUAGAAAUCAUUAGCGGCCAAAAAAGCAAUGAAUUGAAAGUUGAUGGUGAUGUUGAAGGCGAAUUCCUCCUCCAAAAAGCUUGGAAACUAUAUGAGAGAGGCAUGCAUUUAGAGUUGGUGGACAAUGCCUUAGACAGUAAUGAUUAUGAUGCAGAAGAAGUGAAGAAAAUUAUAGAAAUUGGUUUGCUAUGCACUCAAGCAUCUGCAGAAAUAAGACCGGCAAUAUCUGAAAUAGUGGUUUUGCUUCAGAACAAGGGUUUAUUAGAGAAUAUGAGGCCGACUAUGCCUAUCUUGAUUGAACCUAAUUAGAGCUUCAUGGAAUACACCUCCAUCCCUACUGCUUCCGUUACAUCAAAUGAUAUUGCUUUUACUUUUUAAUACCAUCAACAAGAUAAUUGUACUUUACAAGAAUGUGCUUUUCUAAAUGGCUGAUGAGAGUAGUCUUAGUCGCAUCAGCUACCAACUAGUUCUAGAUCCAACUAUAAAUACAAUAUAGUGUAAAUCAUUCUCUUAGGGAUCAGUUUUAGAAUUGUAAUUGCAAAGGGGACAUAGUUAUUUAUAUGCAAAUACAGUACAGCUACUCUAGAAUGAUGCAAGCAUACUCUAAAUGCAAUUUUGUUAUGAUUAUGCACCUAAGUAAACUAA